AUGCUCAAAGAUCACGAGCUGCCCCUCGCAGAUGUGCUUCAAGCCAAAGUUUGCGCAAUCAGGGCAAUGGCUGAAGCUACCGCAGCAUACCGCUUUGAAAACGCGAAGCAGCUGAAGCACCUGCGUGAUGCCUUGGCAGUUGAGCAGACGGCCUUGUGGGCACGCCUGGCUCAAGCCAAGGAGUUGCAUCAGGCGAUCACCGCGCGGGUGGCCGAGGCUGUGGAGAUUGAAGACUUCGACAAAGCUGAGGAAGUUUACGAGCUUCAAAGACUUGCAGAGGACUGCAUCAAAGGCUUCGAGCUAGAUGAAUCUCAAGGUGGAUCUGCCGACCUGACAUCUGGGGCAAUCUCGCUUGGAACGGCAUCAUCACUUGGACUCCUUGAAGGUGACUUCACUGUGGAGUUUUGGAUGCGAUGCCACGAUGUUGCAAAUCAAUGUCCGCUGCUCACUGGCGAUCCCUCAAGCUCUGGAAGCUUUCCGUCGCUCUAUGCAAAGCCUGGCGGAGGCAUCCAGUUGGACUUUGCCGGCGGUAGCAGCUAUUCCUCGAGGAUGCGCUUGCAACAGACACGGAGGUGGACGCAUGUAGCCUUCUCAUUCAGCUUUAGCGCGACUGACAACGACUUCAAGGUGAUCAUCUACCAGGAUGGUCUGCAGGUAGAGUUUGGAAGCGAGAUCUGGGCCAUCAACGUUGACUCCGAGAUCAGGCUCGGCCCCUUCCCUGGGAAGUUGGCAGAGUUCCGCAUUUGGGACCAUGCACGGGCUGCGGAGGAGGUGGAAACAUGGAUGUCUCGUCGAUGCAAGGGUGACGAGCCAGGUCUCGCCUGCUGUCUGAGUCUCCGGCCUGCGCGUGGUUUGUCGGACUCCACUUUGGAUCCAGAAAAGGCUCUGGCAGCAGGGCAUUUCUUUUCUGACCGAGGGCAAUGGGAUGGUCAGAUCACUUGGGAUGGGGACUGCCCCAGCCAACUUCUUGAUCCAGGAGUUGAUCUUCCAUACGAGCUUGUGUCGGAAUGCCCAAUCUGCUCGAUUGCAUUUACAGAGGGCUCGCACUACUGCAGAGAGUGCGGAAAGAAGCGUCCACGAAAACAGGUGAAGCCUGACACUGCCACCAUCAGCGACCCGUGGAGCGACCAGAGCUUGCUACGAGCGUGGCAGUGGCUCGAUAGCUCGCACGAGACGAAGGUUGGCGAGCGAAGGCGAAUGGUUGAACGCCGGCAGCUGGAAUCUGAGACUCGUCAGGAAGGGGAGCGCCAGCGAAAGGCAUACUUGGAAUGGCAAGAGCAGCAAAGACAGCAGGAAGAGAUGGAAGCAAAGCUCAAAGCGGAAGAGGUGCGGCCAGGGAGUGAGGUCCGCCUACCCAUAUGGAAAGCGGCCGAGAGGGUACAGGAGGAUGAGCGCAAUCUGCGGUCCAUGACGGUCUCCAAGGUGCCUGGAGAGCCGCCGCAUCCACAGGUCCCUCACCGCUUUGGGGCAACAAUGACCUUCAUAUCCACCGACACAGGAAUGGACACAAACCUGACCAUGCUGACGCUUGGUUUCUUCCAGAGGCUGUUCUUUGAUCGAGGCUUCACCAACAUGUUCGCUUGGGCUGGGAAUGCUAUGCUCUCUGAGUAUGCGGGGGAGCACAUGGUAGCUGGACGCAGCUGCCAGCUGUGGCGCUACCGCGCAGCGAUCAAGAAGUUGCAGUCUAGCUACCACUUCAACGAGAUCACCACACAGGCAGACUGCACAAUUGUUGACCAGACUCUUUUGGAAAAGCCUUCAAUUUGUGACAGCGUUGCUCCAGCCUGCGAGAACGGGCGCGGGGCUGGGCCCGUCACUUUGGAUGCUUUCGUUUUCCAUCCUGGCAUUUCAGCCGCGGACUACAACCUUGAGGACCAGAAUGUGGCCGAUCUGCACGGGGAUGCGCUUUUCAUUUGUAUGGACUGCCUCGGGAACCAGACGUCCUUCAUCGACCACAACUACACACGGAUCUCGCGGUACUCAUUGCUAGUUUCGCCAGCUUUCGGCCAGUAUGCCUUGUGCAAUGGUUACCCAGACACCUCGCCACCAGGGCCUGUCUGCGAUGGUGGUGAUGCCCGUUUAGUGGGUAAAGAGGCUCCUUUCUUUGCUGGAGAUGGAGAGAGCAGGUGCGCCGCCGACAGCCCCAUCGGUUUUUGGUAUGGUCUUCCCAAGUCGGGCCAUUGUGCGCCCGGCGAGGUCCCGGCAAAGACGGCAUCGGAGUCUGGCUGCACGUGGUCCAUCAUUAAGCGUCACAAGACAAUCAACCAGACCUGCCUGCUGAACGACCACCACUACUUGUCCUUUUGCCAAGCUGACUUCAAAGAGGGUGCAAGCUUUCCAAGGAGCCAAGCUGCGCUUUUGGCAGCUUUCAGCUCCGAGGACGCAUCUCAAGGCGGCUGUCCAGAUAUCGGUGGGCCUGACUUCCAGUCGGAAGUGACUUCCCUGGUCGUGUGA